AGAACCCCAUGGGAUAAACUUUGGAAAGGACAAGAGAACUUUGAGCAAGAAGGAUUUGGGGAAAAGAGUCUUUGUUCCCUCUGAUCCCAAUUUGCCUUUGUUCGAUCAAUGGUUGGACAACACUGUGGGGCCGCUUAUCGAUGUGGUUUCCAUGCUGCCAGAGGAGCUCGCCGCGGGUCAGGUAGAGUUUUAUGAUGGACAAUAUGAGUUUUUUGAUGAACAAUGUGACGACUACGAAUACCAAAAUGGACUUGCCCCCACUUCUAUUCAAAGCGAGGCAAAUUUUGGCAUUCGUGAGAAACUCAACCGGAGUCGCUUCAAGAUGAAAAUUGGCGUCAAGACGGUUCUUAAAAAGACUCCAAAAUGGCCCCAGAAGUUCCGGGCCGCUAUCAAGGAUGGAAAUGGCUGGCGCUCUUUUUUUCCUGACAGAUACUUGCCAAAGCCCCGGGACUGGAGCGAGUUCUUUUCUGACGACGGAAGAUCAAAUUAUGAUGUGGAAUGGCCCUAUGAUUUCAAUCCGGUAGUGUACUACCAUGUCGAGAAUUUCUUGAAGGCGAGCAAAAAUCGGGCUACCGAGUCGGGGAGUAUUGACUUGGUGGAAUCAAAGGAAGAGAGCUUGGAAAAGGCAGAAGGCACUCAACCUCAAACUGAAAUUCAGGGUAAACACGAGGUCACUCAGGGCUCCCCUUGCAAUUCGGAACAAACGGCAAUCCCCAUUAUUCAAGAAGCAAAUUUGGGAAUUGAUGAAGGGGCAAGCAUAAAGACUUUCGCAGAUGUCGAGUCAAAUGGAAACCCUGGUUUCUGUGCUUCAGAAAUAAUCUUCUCCAAUGAAUGGGCCUCUUCCGAUGGAGCUGUUUCGUUAAAAAGUGGGAAGCUUUCUGCUCAUGAAUUUCUGCCAAAGGAAUUCAGGCUCAGAAGCAGGGGAAGCCUUCUUGAAGGAAACAACUCUAGUGUGAUUCUUUCACCCCUCAAUUCAGGGAUGUCCUUAAUUUCUCCUUUUCUAGACGAGAAUUUGGACAACAAAAGCUUCGGGACAGAAAGAUCAUUUUCCCCUAUGAAAACUUUGGAUGGCAAGACACCAGAGGAGCCAUUGAUCCCAAAAGCUGCCGACAACUUGCCAAAAUCCCAGGGAGACGAGGAACUUGGCGCUAUCAAAGGGCCGUCAAAGACGUUUACUCUCUUUUCAAAGAUGUUUUCUCUGAAAGCUGAUCUGAUUUCUGACAAGGCGGAACAAAAGGAUGGAGAUGUGAUCAGUCCGUCGGUCAAGUCUCAGACCCCCAAUACUGACACCACGCCCACAGGAACAAGCCAUGUUAACUCAAAAGAAUAUGAGUCGGUGGCCAGGGAAAACAGGCAAGCUGAUAAUUGCUAUUCAAGUAUCAUCGCUGGUGUUCUGAGCUCGAGCGAUCCUGUCCUCAGAAGCUUGAUUUUCGAAAAUGUGGAUAAAAGUGAGGUUAUUGAGGCAAUCUAUACUAAACCAAUCCAUCUUGUUCGCAAGUCUGGCCCACAGGUUGCUAAUGGUAUAGUUCAACGGUAUGUUGAAAAUAUCAAAGCAGGCGAGCUUGAAGCUCCUAACAAUAAUACUAUUGCCGGGAAUGACUUUGACAGAGAGACUGGUGAGUCUUGCUCUCCUGGAAAUGGUAUUUCAGGAAAGGAUACCGACUUGCCUGAAAACUUUAGUUCCCUCGAAAUUUCGAAGAACAUUGAGAAGGUUCAGGCCACCAAUGAGCUCAACAAACCGCAAUCAGCUUUCGUGGGUGCUUCUCAAUUGGAGAACGUUUCUGAUCUUGGGUUUAAAGCCAUUGAGUUUAACAACAAGCAUAAAGAAAGCUUUUCCAAUGCUGAAGAAAAAAGAAGCCUCGGGGAUGUUUCUUCCAAGAAUUUGGCAAAAGAGUCCAACGGCUAUGUUGAUGUUCCUAGAAGUGAGACUUUUGAUCUCAAAACGGACGAAUAAUCUUUCAAGAAUGUCCUGACUCUUGUUUUGGACCAUGCUGUUUCUGAAACAUUGAAUACAACGAUGCCUGUUCUGAAAAUCUCAGAAUUGAGCUGCGCGUCGUCGCCACAAGUUCAG